GGGGAAUAUUGGACGAGGAGAAGCGAACGAACCACACACACACACUCAAAUAGAUAGUAGUGUAAUGGCCGCAGUAAGGGUAACUUUACACACACACUCCACAAAGGAACAUCAGCAAAGGUAAGUUAGCGAAUUAAGUAAGUGAAUUGUAAAGCAGCCAGCAGCAAGCACCCUUACACCCAACUAUGUUACGAGGAAGCAAAACAGUAAAUAAUAAAACAGAUAGUGUAAAAAAGCAUAUGGAGAACAAAAGAAAAACCAAACUGACUGACUGAUUUUUAUCGAAGCAAUGGCGGAAGCAGAAGAAGAAAUCCGGCAACAGCAACCAAACGAAAGAGAAAUGCGAAGAAAUGCCUCAUGUAUGUAUCCUUUGCUUCAUCACACAGCUUUUCCGGAAAAAACACUAGUUUAUUUGAUUGAAUUGCCAAGAAAGAACACACUAAUACUAGCGAAGAAGUGGAGGUACAUUUUUGUACUCUCCUACCUGCACUAGCUCCAUUGCGCGUGUGCUUGUAUGUGUGGGUUUGAUUUUGAUUUCCUUACCUGUUAAUUGGUAGUAAAGUUAUACAAGCAGACGGAUAUAGGAACAACAAAUACAACCACUCGCGCGCCUCCUGAGCACCACCACUACAAUAGUACAUUUAAGUGUACGUACAAAACAAAAAGAAUGAAAGCAAUUACCAGUUCGCCAUUUGUGUGACCGCAAGGCAAAGCUCACAUUUAACAAAUGAGAUUCUGCCUUAAUUAAAGUUCCGAAGUGUAAAGUAAAGUAAAAUGAGCAACUCAAUUUCGGAGCCGAGAGCCGUCAUUCCGUUCUAGUUCUAGCUAGCCGUCAACCGUGAGUGUGUGCGUGUUCAAGUAACUCAAUUUUGAUGCUUCUCUGCCGGGUGCUUGUACGUAACACAGAGACGCUGAUAUUCACAAUCAUUUUUUUGUACUAUCUAAUUUUUCUUAUUACAAACUGCAAUACAACAACACUGGUGUGAACUAAUGAAUGCUGGCUGGCUGUAGAGAACCGAUACAGACAAAACGAGUAGCAGAAGAAAGGCUAGGCUAUAGUAGAUGCGUGACAAAUCGUUUCGUAGAGAGAUUGGAGAGGAUGAUUAGACAAUGCAAAAGGAAAAUGGAAGGUGAAACAGUUUGAGAAUGAACAGUGUAUGGCAAGAAAAUGUAGAAAAGCUAUCGUAUAAAGCAAGAAGGGAGAAAGAAAAAAAUAUUACAAUUGAACUAGUUUAGUUGAUGAAAGCACACAAGUGGUAGCAAACAGCAGAAGUAAAGCAAUGAUGAAAAGCAACAUCCUUCCCCCAGUGAGUGUCCUUCUUGGGGGGGAUCAAAUAUACGUUGAAAACGAUGGCAUAUAGAAUGAGAAAACAAAAAAGUUCAUUUUUUUAGGUCGCUUUCCUGUUUAGUCGAGGCAUGGGGGCAAACAGUUGAGAAACUACGUGAUUUAGUGCUCUUCCCGCUUCUUAGAUCGCGGAUUCGUUCCAUGGGGUGGCCAUUUUGCUUCCUUCUGAAGCACUGAAACAGAAGGAAGUUGCCAGAUAGUCAAGUGGAUUUUGAGGAGUCAGACCUGAGAUUGGAGCUCAGAAUUGAAUAUCCUGGAAGGGGGUCAAUCCUUACUGGACGAGCCUCAUCAACUUGGAGGAUAUUCAGCCUUCUACCGAACAGUCUGCUGAGACUUACUUUAGAAGAGUUAUUCUCUCUGGUUAUCUCCACCAGAAGUUGGCACCGAUGAACCAAUCCUUAUGGAGGAGCACUUUCGUUUCAAAACUCCAAUGAUUGCGCACGCAGUUCUUCCGCUAACACCUUGUUUUCUUCUCCACCGCAACUAGUAAACAAGCACUUAGCAACCAGCAGCAAUUGUUUGUAUCCCAGUAGGCCCUGUUUUUCGCUGUGCCUGCUUACUUCAGUUUAGUGUCGCUUUCCCAUCUCUAGUAACCUGUGCUGGCAGCUCGUCCUAUUGCCGACCCACGCAAAAUGUCCGAAAAGUAUGUCCGGCAGCAAAAUCUGGUGCUCCUGCCACCGGAACAGCCGAAAUACACUGCACGCGAUUGGGACGCAAACAACCGGCGGCAGAAUCUGUUCUCCCUGGAGCAGCAAGCUUUGGCCGAUCGUGUAAUAAGUGAGAGCGAUCGGAUUAUCGACGAGACGAAGCACGCGACGGAGGAGAGCAAAGGUGAGGUGGAUUACCGGCUGAAGGAACGCAUCGAGGACAUCCAGUUCCGGCGCGACGAGCUGCAGCAGCAGAAAAAGGAUGCCCACGUCGAGGAGGAAGCGCUGAAGGUGUACAAGCGGCGCACGAUCGAUGCGAUCAAUACGCUGCGCGAGAUAGCGGUUCCGCUGUGCCAGAAGUGUAUUGCUCUGCGGGAAAGAAGGCAAGGCGCGGAUCUGGUGAACGAUGGCGUCGACCGGGAACUGCGGAAGGAGCUGGACGUGACCGAGGGUGGUAUAGCGCUGCUGGAGAAGGUGUUGGAGCAGUGCGGGGAGCAGAUACGUCGGCUGCGGGCCACGAUCUAUCUGCUCGACCGCGACCUGGCGGACAAGGAUCGGUCGAUCAAGAUUGAUGCGAAAAAUCUGGAACUCCGGCCGAAUCAGAUGGAGCUGAAGAUUUACGCCGGGCGAGUACCGCUGGAUCCUUACAACUCGACGGACGAGGAAUGGAUCAUGGUUACGAACAGGAACAUAGAAGCGACGGCAAAGGAGAUCAAUUCCGCCCAACCGUUACGAUCAUACGUCGAUCAGCUGCUGCGCCAGGUGGCGGAAGACAUCUGGACCCAGGUCGAGCGUACGAAUGCCGCCUUCCGGGAGCGAGUGUCCGAGAUGCGCUACACCAAGAUCAAGCUGGAGAACGUCCACAAGGAAACGGUGCGUCAGGUGAACGAGCUGACGCGCACCGUAACGCGGCUCGAGCGGGAAAUCGCCGAAAAGGAAGGGUACGUGGCGCUCGCCCAAACACGGCUCGCCAACCGUUCGCAACGGCCCGGCAUCGAGCUGUGCCGGGAUAAUGUGUACGAAGGGCUGAAGGCCGAGCUGGCGGCACUGCGUGCGACGAUCGCCAAGCUGGACGGCAGCUUGGUCAAAGCGAAGGCCACCCUGCGCUAUCUGCUCAACACCCAGGUUAUGCAGGAGGAGGCGAUUAACCUCAAGACGGAAUCGCUCCGCAUCGACGAGGUGGACUGCAUCACCAUGCGGGAGAGUUUCAAAUUUCAAUCGUUUUAAAGAAAGGAACAGCAUUUACGGCCGGAAGGCAAACACCAGCAUGCUGGACGAAUAAAAUCACCAGCCCAGUUUCGAAAUCGCUGCAAGGUUAACGCUAGAUAA